GUGCAUCCAGAGAUCCCUUUGACGAUGAAAAGCCCACUAGCUAUAGUAUGAGGCACGCGAGUUAACUAGCUUUAGGUCCGGAUUCUUCAGCCACUAGCCGAGGCUUCCAUUAUCAAAAAGAAAAGGAAAUGAGAAGGAGCUCCGGAGCCAGUAGUUUCCAAGAUCAAAGAGAGACAACAAGACACUGAGAGACAGGGAGAGAAUCAAAAUAUGUCUUUAGUAGACUACGCUUCUUCCUCGGACGAGGAUGUUCCAGACAACAUAGAAGAAGAAGACGAAAACCAUCAUCAUCAACAAGAACUACAUGAAGAACAAGAACCAAAACCACAAAUCGAGGCACAAGCCGCAAAGCCACAAAAUAGCCAGUCAUCUGGGGCGUCAUUACCGAAACAACAUGUAGCUGGGCCAAGCCCUCUUCCCUCAAUAUCUAAUCUUCCGGAUGCUUCAAUGCUUUUGAAUUCGCCGACAGUUGGAUUAUCUGGAAGUGAUCACGCGUCCCGAGUAUCAGCAGCAAUGGCUGAGAAUGCGUCUCGAAAGAGAGAAUUGAAUGUGGGGUCUUCGCGUAGUGGGAAAGUAGCAAGAGGGAAUUUGGUUGCUACUAGGAAUGUUCCUGAUACUGGUGGGGGUUUGUUAGUUCCUCCUCAGCUUAAAGGAAGGAGUAAUGUUGUGACAGAAGAUGUAGGGAAGCUGUUUGUAAGAAGACAUGCAGAGCCUUCCUCUCACUAAAAUGCCUUCAGAUCACUUAUGUUAUUAUUAUGACAUGUGACAAAUCCGUAGCUGUGUAUGAUGGUGCAAAUAUCUUGGCUCUGGAUCCUAAGAUCUUGCACCUGUAUAAAUGCAAAAAGUUUUGUGGCACAUGCUUGCAACUCCUGUACUUUCAUAACCUUGUUCACUGGCAAUCUGGUGGCUUCAACUACUGUGCCUUAAUUGGAUAUUUAUUGCAGAAUAGUCGUCAUUUAGCCUCUA